ACCUUUAAAAACUCCAUCCCCAUUUUACAAAUUCCAGCUCAAAGCCUCAAACAUACAACGCACACAUUUCUUGUCGUUUAAUAUACCUUUCCUCAUAUCCAAUCAAAACGCACCACGUUAAAAUUUUCCAUUCUCUAUAUAAAGCGCGUGAUCACCCGCCCCACUCUCUUCGUUUCGAACAAUUUGCUAAGCGCACGCAGCACAAAGUGCGCAGAAUAGCCAAUUGAGGUGUGUGUGUAAUAUCAUAUACGAAUUGAUUAUUCAAUGGCCGCACCACCGGCAAGGGCUAGAGCGGACUAUGAUUACCUCAUAAAGCUUCUUUUGAUCGGCGAUAGUGGUGUUGGUAAGAGUUGCCUUCUUUUACGUUUCUCUGAUGGUUCCUUCACCACAAGCUUUAUCACAACCAUUGGAAUCGACUUUAAAAUUCGAACCAUUGAGCUUGAUGGAAAAAGGAUCAAGCUUCAGAUAUGGGAUACAGCUGGUCAGGAACGGUUUCGGACUAUCACUACUGCUUACUAUCGUGGAGCCAUGGGUAUAUUGUUGGUGUAUGAUGUUACUGACGAAUCCUCCUUUAACAACAUUAGGAACUGGAUUCGUAACAUUGAGCAGCAUGCCUCAGACAAUGUCAACAAAAUACUUGUAGGGAACAAGGCUGACAUGGAUGAAAGCAAGAGGGCUGUUCCUACUUCAAAGGGCCAAGCACUUGCAGAUGAGUAUGGGAUUAAGUUUUUUGAAACUAGUGCAAAGACAAAUCUUAACGUGGAACAAGUUUUCUUCUCAAUAGCAAGAGAUAUAAAGCAAAGGCUAGCAGACACAGACUCCAAGGCUGAGCCGUCGACGCUCAAGAUUAAUCAACCAGAUGCAGGAGCUGGAGGUAGUCAAGCUGCCCAGAAAUCAGCUUGCUGUGGUUCGUAAAAAUGGUUGGUCAUUACAGGUGCGGUUGCACUUGCUAGGCUCUAAACCACCAAGAAAAGCAAAGCAAAAGCUAAAGUUGAAGGCAAUAUCGUUGGGGAUUGUAAUAUCUUUAUUGGUCAUUCUUUUGAAAUUUAACGUGUGAAAGAUAGGUUGACUAUUAUUUGAGAAGGCAAAUUUGUUGCUAACACCUUUCCAUUAGCUCAAGGAUAUUUGUAACCUAGCUGUUUCUGAAUCUUAUGUGUACGCAAAUACAACUUUUGUGAUGACUACCUGGAUCUUGCUACUUGUAGAAAGUGUGGUUGAUUUGUUGCUAGGGCUUUGCCAUUAUGUGA